CGAGUACCUAGCAGUUGCGAUCUUCGCCGCUUACCACUGCCCUGCCCCGCAUUCGUGCGUCCCCGUACUUCCACAUUUCACGUCAGAUUUCCUCUCUCCGUGUUCAACUUUAAGACAUUGCAAAGCUUCGACGGAGAGACAGACAGACAGACUGGUUGAGAGAGAGAGAGAGAGAGAGAGAGAGAGAGAGAGAGAGAGAGAGAGAGAGAGAGAGAGAGGUCAUCGUGCACUGAUUGAAUUGUCUCUUACAAUUCGAGAAGAUGCUAAGAAUAUCAUUGGCGCUUAUUUUCGUGGCGUUGGGACGGUGCGGCAACAUCGUUGGAAAAGCAGUGAACAAACACAAGCCAUGGAUAGAAACAUCCUAUCAUGGAGUAAUAACUGAGAACACGGACACUGUCCUUUUGGAUCCUCCAUUGGUGGCACUUGAUAAAGAUGCACCAGUCCCCUUUGCAGGUGAGAUCUGUGCAUUUAAGAUCCAUGGACAGGAAGCUCCGUUUGAGGCGGUGGUCCUGAACAGGACGUCCGGGGAGGGACAGCUACGGGCCAAGAGCUCGAUCGACUGCGAGCUGCAGAAGGAGUACACUUUUGUCGUUCAAGCCUACGACUGCGGUGCGCAGGCCAACGGAGCGGACUGGAAGAAGUCCCAUAAGGCAGUGGUGCACAUCCAGGUGGACGACGUGAACGAGUUCACCCCCGUGUUCCGGGAGCCGGUGUACCACGCCGCGGUGACGGAGGGGAGGAUCUACGACAGCAUCCUGCAGGUGGAGGCCUGGGACCAGGACUGCUCGCCACAGUACAGCCAGAUCUGCAACUACGACAUCAUCACCUCCGACACGCCCUUCGCCAUCGACCGAAACGGCAACAUCAGGAAUACAGAGAGACUGAGCUUCGACAAGGAGCCGCGGUACAAGAUCAUGGUGACUGCGUUCGACUGCGGCCAAAAGAGGGCGACGGAGAGCGUGAUGGUGCGCAUCGAGGUCAAGCCGGUCUGCAAGCCGGGCUGGCAGGGCUGGAACAAGCGAGUAGACUAUGACCCGGGAACCGGCAGCAAGCAGCUGUUUCCCAAGAUGCACCUGGAGACGUGUGACAGCCCUUUGUCCUCAGUGAGGGCCACUGUGGAGCUGCAGACCAGCCAUAUUGGGAAGGGAUGUGACCGGGAGACCUACUCUGAGAAGUCACUGCAGAAGCUGUGCGGUGCUGAGUCCGGCAGCACUGACCUCCUCCCCGCCCCAAGCACCUCCACCAAUUGGACAGCCUCACUGCUGACAGACAGCGGCAGGGACAGUGACCUCAUCUUCCGCUUUGACGGGCGACAGGCGGCCAACGUGCCGGACAGGGUGGUGCCCCAGAACCUGACGGACCAGUUCACCAUCGCCACCUGGAUGAAGCACGGCCCCAGCCUGGGCCCACGGGCCGAGAAGGAGACGCUGCUCUGCAACUCUGAUAAAACCGAAAUGAACCGACAUCAUUAUUCCCUAUACGUCCACCACUGCCGCCUGGUCUUCCUGCUGAGGAGGGACUUCACGCAGGUUGACACCUUCCGCCCGGCUGAGUUCCACUGGAGGCUGGAGCAGAUCUGUGACCAGGAGUGGCAUUACUAUGUGAUUAAUGUGGAGUUUCCCUUGGUAACACUCUACGUGGAUGGCGUGACCUAUGAACCCUACCUGGUAACAGAUGAUUGGCCCAUCCACCCCUCCAAGAUUGACGUCCAGCUGACAGUGGGCGCCUGCUGGCAAGGAGGUGAAGUCAGCACUCCGCGGUUCACCCAAUACUUCAGAGGGAGUCUCUCAGGACUGACCAUCCGCCCGGGAAAGAUCGAGACCCAGAAGGUCAUCUCCUGUCUGCAGGCCUGCAAGGAGGGUCUUGACAUAAACUCUCUGGAGAGUCUGGGCCGAGGCAUCAAGUUCCACUUCAACCCAGCCCAGUCCAUCCUGGUCAUGGAGGGAGAUGACCUGGACAGCAUCAACACGGCCCUGUCCAAGGUGUCCUACAUCAACUCACGACAGUUCCCCACGCCGGGGAUCCGCCGGCUCCGCAUCACCACCACCGUGCAGUGUUUCGGGGAGGACACGUGCAUCUCGAUCCCGGACGUGGAGGCCGUGGUGAUGGUCCUGCCGCCCAGCGAGCCGCGGAUCACCAUCGCCGGGGUGGAGAGCCUGACCCGGCCCGCCUCGGAGCUGCGCGAGGGGGCCGGCGUGACGCUCUUCCAGGACCUGCGCAUCGUCAGCACGGUCAGCAAGAGCGACCCGGCCGCACGCAGCGCGGCUCACAGACCAGGAGUCAUCGAGAUCCUCCAUAACCUGGAUUACUGUGAUGUGCUGGUGAUCGGAGAGGAGCUGGACCCAGAGCAGGAAAGUCUGCACAUACCCCGUUCAGCCCUCCAGGGGAAGCACCUAGAUGCCACCAACUCCACCUCUGGCAUCUCCAUCUACGGUGUGGACUCCAUGUCACAUUACGAGCAGGCCAUCCAGCAGGUGAGGUACCAGAACUGGCACCCCGCAGGCCUGAAGGAGCGGCGGUUCUGCGUCACCUGCUCGGAGCUCAACGGGCGCUACACCAGCAAUGAGUUCAACAUGGAGGUCAGUGUGCUCCACCUGUCAGAGGCCGCGGAACACGUCAAUCACAUGGCCGCCCAAUCGCAGUACAUGCGGGCGGUGCAUCACCCAGUCAUGGUGCACAGUCUGAACUCCGCCCACGCCUCAGGCACACCCCCUGUAGCCACCAUGGUGAUUGUGAUGUGCAUCGCCGCCCUGGUGGUCAUUGUGGUGGUGGGCAUUUACCGCAUGCAUGCAGCCCACCAGCUGGGCUCCAGGAGCGAAGAGGAUGGCCCCAAGGGCAGGGUUGCUGACUGGGACGAGUCUGCCCUCACCAUCACCGUCAACCCCAUGGAGAAUGUUGAAGAGCCAAAGGCCGCGGAUGACGAAGCCAGUGAAGAAGAAGAGGAAGAUGAAGAGGAUGAGGAAGAAGAGGAUGAUGGACUGGAGGAUGACGUCACUAGCAUGGAGUCCGAAGAUAGUGAUGAAGAGGAGGCAGGUGUCCACAGGGGAACACAGGAAGGCAAGAGCAAGGGGAAACUGGAGUGGAACACUACCUUAUCUUAGAGUAACACACACUCACACAAACACAGCAUAAACACACAAACACGCACUCAUGUACACAUAACAUCUAUGACUUUCAGAAAACACAAAAAACAUUUCAGAUAAGUUAAUUUGACCGAUUCAAAUUUUUUGCACGCAACCCGUUUGCAAAACAAUGUCUCCCCCUGCUGAUUGAUAUUAUGUACUGCACCGUAAAGUCACACUGGCCGAUUGUAGAUUGACAUUGCGUGAUUUUUUAAUUUAAUUUAAUUUGUUUCCCCUUUCUGGGUAAAAGGCGAGAUUUCUUGAACGUAUGAGCUGAUUCUUAUCCGAAUGCUCUCAAAAGUUUCAGGCAAGGUACAAAAAGAAGCUGGUUUGCGUUCAACAAUAAAACAAUCCCUGCAAACCACUUUAUACACUGGACAUAGUACCUUCGGUUUCAUACAAUAUAUAAAAAAAAUGUAAAAACGAAUCUUUGACAUGAACAUUAUUGCAUUUAUUUUCCAUAUUUUCAUAUCUUAUAGCAGUUUUUUAUGAUGGUAUAUAUUUUAACGAUUAUACUUAUUUUAAAUUUACAAUAGGAAUAGGGUUUAGAAGAUAUGACUCGUCACUAAUCGGGAUUUGUUCAUUUCCUGUUAUGGCUUAUUAACGCGUCUCAUAUUUUUGUGCUUUUAUUUGUCGAAGAUUUCCCUCUUUCCUCCUCUGGUCUCGGAUACAUGUUGAGGUCAGAGAAGAGCUGUCUUUUUAUACACCGUUCUGUACGUUAUAAAAGUAGGUUAACUCAAGCACUUCAUGCCAGCUUCUCUCAUUCGUAUGCAUCCAUACGGUAAUUGCCUGUACGUUGUGAUCGCCCGACCUUUUAAUAGAAUUUGUUGCCGACUUCCCAAGGGAGGGGCUAAGGCAGUUGUGUACACUCUUAAAACAGAUCACCUUCAGGUUUAAUUCGUCUUCGUACGGCUUGUACUCGCACUCGACACUGCCUCAGACCAACAGUUGACUUAAUUGGUAGCAAAAGUUAGUUUCCUUUUGCUACCCUGCUGAAAAAAAAGCUUGUUAGCUUUUGAAACAGCUGGGUAGCUGGUAAUUCCAAGCUGGAUUUUACAAUCGGGUACCCUAUCAAUCUUUAAAGUCAGUGGGAACAUGUCAAAAGGUCCAACUUAUACAAAUGUUGCUUCACUUUUAUUUCUGUCCCUGUUAACUGCACUUGUGUUUAGCAUGUUGUAGAGCCUGGCCCUGAUCCAGGUACACAGUCCCAAACAGCACAAACCUGCAAUGUCAAUAAAAUAACACCCAUCAUGCACUGCAAAUCCUGCAGUAAAUAUGCAAAGGAAGGAGCGAUAUUAGAGUACAGUUUGUAAUUAAACCUCAGUAGAGGGUCACUCUUUGACAUGGUGAGGGAUUACAAAUGCUAUUAGUUAACACCAUUCUGUUCACAAGAUGGAGUCAACUGUAUCAUAUUUCCCACCAUCAUUUUCUGCAUCAAACACGGUACUACUGAACAACACCGAUCUGUUAUAUUAGAAGGGCAAUUGAGUGUAUAACUUUAUAGAGCCAUGGUGAAAGCUGUAAGCACGUUCAGAGCUUUCAACCGACACUUUGAAUUCUCCGCCAGGCAGCAUGUGGAUUUCUCUUUUACUAAUGAAGAGUUUAAUUGUUACUGCUUUGUCUCUUGCCAAGUAAAUUGCUAAUCUCCACUUCCACUAAGCUGACCAGUCUGCCACCAAUUAAGUUAGUGCAAAGCUGUUAGCACCAUAUCAACCUAUUUCAUCGAGAGUGGCCUGUUGUAGUUUAACUACAGUAUAUACAGUAACUUACCAGCAUCUGGUCCAGAUGUGUUUAAAGAGCAGACUAGAUGACCCCCCCACCUCCAUCAGGGAGAAAGUGAGUGGUGUUGUAGAUGGAUCUUUUUUCUGUGUUUUAUUCUUCCCCAAGGGUUUCCCUGAAGAGCUCCAUUUUGAAUUUGUGCAUUGGUUACAUGUAAAGUCCGUAGCAGUGAUUAGGAGUUCUUCCUCCGCAUCAACUUUACCUGUGCUUGUGAUUGUGAUGUCAUCAAUGUGCGACCACCUUCCACCAGUCUCCACCCUGGGUGCGUCCCAAUACUCCUCCAAAAAUGCGUCCUCCUUUCCUCCACUUGUCUCCUCCUAUUCAGAAGUAUGGGGGGAGGAGCCGAGUGGAGGAAAGGUGGACGCGUUUUUCGAGUAUUGCGACGUGCCCCUUGUGUUACCGCCUGCUUCGUCAGACCAUGUUUUGCUAGUCUCCAUGACACCAACGAAGAUUAAAGAGCCAUUCGAAAUAUCUAGCCUGUAAAAAUGUGUAAAACUAUUUUAUAAGUUUUUCUUUGAGUUUUUUCCCCUUUUUUCUGUUCUUUCCUUUCCUUGAUGGUGACUGCAGCACUUUCUGUACGUCCGCCAAUAAAGACUUGUUUUAGAAUCCA